UCAGCUGCUUGGCUCCUGAUCCGAUUCCAAGAUGGCUGCCGCUGGGAUCUGAGCUGCAGGUUGUGGACAGAGAGCGUGUGAUGGCAGCAGACCCCCCCAAAGUGUGACCCGGAUAUGAGGCUGUAGUGGGGCCCCGGGGCCCAGUGCCCAUCUGACAUAAUGUGGAAUUGGUACUCUGGGGAUGGAUCGCAGCCCCCUGCAGCAGGCUCUGACAAUCCCAGUGCUGGCACCAUGUCGGUGGCAGAUCUAUCGGAGCAGCUGGCACAGACUCAGCAGCUGGUGGUACAGCUGAAAGAUCUGAUCCGAGAGAAAGACAAUGACCUGCGCAAGAAGGAUCAGCAGCUCAAGGAGGAAAAGGAAUCAUCAGAAGCCAAGGUCUCAAAAGCCAAGCUCCAGAGCAAAGCCAAGAUUGCAUCAUUAACUUCUCAACUAGAAGAACUGAAGAAGCAGGUGGCUUCACCCGGGACACCGGGAAAGAAAUCUGAGAACAAAAGCAAAAAGGGUCCUGGAGAAGAACAAGAGACUGCCUCUGCCUCUGCAAAUCGAGGGAAAAUUCUAGUGUUGCGGAAACGAGUGGAAGAAUUGGAAUCUCAAUUGGCAACAAAAAAUGAGGCACUGCAAAAAAAGGAGGCAGAGCUGGAAGCACAGCGUCUGCGUGGGUCUGAAAUGGAUGCCAUGCUUGUGACUAAGGAUAAAAAAUUGGCUGAAAAGGAAGCCUACAUUGUUGACCUGCAGAUAUCAGCGGCUUCUUCAAAUCUCUCUCAAGAUGCAGUCGUAAAUGUGAAGAGCCCAGCAUCCUCACAAGAUUCCAACCAGGACCUGCAGAUCCUCAUCCAUAACUUGAACAGGAAGGUGGGAGAAAGUGAAGAGAAGUACAGCCUCCUUCGUGAGCAGGCAGAAAGCUUGAAGGCUCUUCUUACCAAAGAGAAGAGCCAAUUUCAGGAGAAGGAGGCAAUGUACACGGAAAAUAUUCGGGUAUAUCAGAAUAUGAUUCUGGAAAAGGAGAAAGAGAUGAAGGAGUUAUCGCAGAAACACGAUCAAGAGAUUUUUAAACUUGCUGCUAAAUCUGAUGCCACUGCUGACCUUCACCAGCUGCUCAAGGCACUGAAACAGAAGCUGCAUGAGGAAGAAGAGGUGUUAUCAGGGAAGAAUCAGGUGAUUGAUGUUUUACAAAAGGAGCUGGAUAAUAAGGAUCAACAGAUCGCUGAAAUGAAUGAAAGAUGCAGACGUCUGCUGUCAGAAAAGGAGAACCUCCAGUCUAAACUGGACGCAGAAAAGCACAUAAUGAGAGCUCAGCUCAAGGACAUGAUGGAGAGACAUGAGACAGAAACGCGUACGCUGAAUGACCGCCACAGCAAGACACUGCAAGAUAUCCAGGAAAAGCACGAAGUGGAAAUAAAGGAAAAAUUCCAGACUAUCCAACAACUUCAGGAACAAAUGCAAGGCCUGGUGAGCCCGGCAGAAGUCGGACCUGGAUCCAAUGAGACGGCAGAUAAGGAAAUGACCAAGUUACAAGAGAAAGUAAAGUUGAAGACAGAAGAGGCAAGUAAAUCGGAGGCUAAGUUCCUUAAAAUGAAGGCAUGGUCAAAGUCCAGAAUCAGGCAGCUGGAAGAAGAACUAAAAAUUACUGAAGCAAAGAACCAGGAGUUGUCCCAGAUGAGCGCUCAUGUUGCAGAGCUAGAAGAAGAGAAGAGAGAUUUGGAGAUUAAGCUUCAAUCUGUUUCUGACUUGCAGGCGUUCAAUGAGCAACUCCUGGCAAAACUUGUACUUUAUGAAGAACAGCAAAGAAAAAUGCAGGCCGACCUUGAGCAAGUUGCAAAGAGAGCAGAUUCUCAGACCAGCGAGUCAGGCAGCGUCGAUGAGAUGCAGCACCAGCUCAUGGAAUGGCAUGAGAUGAGCUCAGAGAGUGACAUAACACCGGAGCAGGAGCGGGAAGAGACGUCUGCCAUGGCUCUUAGGAUGGCACAGAUAGAAGAGGAGCGAGAAGGACUGAUUGAGGAUGACUGGUUCUUUCCUGGCUGCUCCGAUCCAGCCAUGGACUCAGGGCAGGUGGAACUGGAGGAGGAGCUGAGCGCAGCGGGGAAAAUGAGACCACCGCGGAGGAAAGGAAGCAGAGAAGUCGCCAAACUGCAGGAUGAAUACGAUUAUAGCCGUAAGAGUUUUCAAGAGCAGAGCCUUACCAUGGAGAGCGGUGAUACCAUAGAGGGCGAGAACAUGGGAGGUUGGUGGCCUGAAUUCGGUUCUCCUAACUCAGGGUUGCGUGCCGUUGUGGAAGAGCUAGAGCUGGAAAGAAACCAGCUUCAGGAGCAGAUCAUGACGCUGGAGGAGCGAUGCCAGGAGCUAGAGGACAGGCUACAGCUGCAGCUUCGUAUUGAAUCUUUACAGGGUGAAAAUGAACGACUGCAGUUACAAGUCUCCCAGAUGCGACAUCAGCAGACCCAAGAGUCUGAAAAACACCAUGACCUCAUAUCCACCUUGAAUGACCAACUUAAUGGUUUGACCAAUAGGAAUGCGUUUCUUGAGAAUGUGCUUGUGGAAAAAGAGCAAACUAUCCUGGAAGCAACAUCGCGGCUGGAUCAGUUAGGAGCAGUGAGGAAAGCUAUGCAAGAGAAAGAGACCGCCAACAAAGAACUCCUAGAGAGGCUGGACCAGUCUGAGAAUCAGCUUGAAGAAGUCAAAAAGAAGCAGAGGACAUUAGAAGCUGAAAAUGCAACAUUAAAACAAUCCAACAGUGAGCUCACAGAGAAGGUGUCUGCAUUCAAAGAGAAGGUACUAAUUCAAGAUUCAUCCUUGGAAAAACUACAAGUGGACCUCGAUCAAACGAACGAGGAUCUUGAUCGUCUCAAUUCAAGUCAUCUGGAGGAGCGAUCGCAACUUAUUCAUGACCUGCAGAGGUGUGAGAGGGAGAUGGAUGUUCUUAAGGAUCUGUUACAGGAAAAGGACAAAGAAAUGUCCUCUUUGUCGGUCACUUUGACAGAAUAUACCGAGCAGAUUACGGUCUUAAAGGAAACAAUGGACUUUAAAGAUGGGCAGAUGAGAGAGAUGUCUGCUACUCUGAUUAAAAUGGAGAGAGAGCAUCACCUCAUAAAAGAAGCCCAAACAUUGGAUGUCAGUGAGACGAGCACUAAGAUCUCCUCGCUGACCGAGCAGCUCAGUGAAAUGGAUGAGGAAUUAAAUAAAGCUAAAAGCCUCAACGAGAGCAAAACCAAAGAAGCUGAAGAGCUAAUUAGGCAAAUCAAUGAAAACGGAAUAACAAUUAAGAAUCUUCGUCAAGAGAUACAGACACAGUCGGUUACAUUCAAUAACCACAUAACUGAGUCUUCUGCACAGAUUGCAUCGCUUAAAGAGCAAAUGAAUGCAUCGGCUGUAAGACUCAAUGAAACGGAAACAAAAUAUAAAAAGGACGUUGAAAGCUUAAAGUUGCAGCUAGAGAAUGAUCACUCAGAGAAAGCUAAGCUCGCAAGCUUGCUUGAAGAAAAGACCAAUAAGGAGCAGAGUUUUGAAAAUGAGUUAAAAGCUGAAAAAGAACAAUACAACCACUUGGUUUCUGAUAUGUCAAAGAAAGAUGAUGAACUACAACAAUUAUUGAAACAUCUCUCAGAGCAGAGAGACCUUUGUGAUAAACUAAGCCAAGAAUUGUCUGAUAGUCAAGAUGAUGUGUCUUCUCUAAAGAAGAAGAUAGAAGCUCUUGCACAAGAACAGGAGAUCUUGGUUAAAUCUCUUCAAGAAAAAACACAAGAGUUUCAGCAGAAGAUUGAUGAGAAGUCUGAAAUCAUUAAAACCCUGCAUUUAGAAAAGGAAGCGCUGCAAGAAAAAUAUAUCGUCCUAGAAACUUCCAUUUUAGAUAAGGAAUCCUGCAUUCAAAUUCAUGUGAACUCUGUUGAGGAGUUGGGUAAAAAGAUUCAGAGCUUAGAUGAUCAAAAUAAACAUUUGUGCAACGAGAAGGAAAAACUAGUGACAGAGGUCAUCCAGAAAGACUCAGAAAUCUUUAACUUGAAUCAGACAUUAAAUAAUGUCCAAACUAAAUUGGCAGAAACAGAGCAUCAAAUAUCUCAAGAGCAGAAAAAUAUUUCCAGUCUUGCAGCUGCUAAGGAAGAACUGCUUGCAAGAAUUGAACACAUUUCUGCUCAGAAUUCCAAAAAUGACAGCAAUUUUGCAACACAGUUACAAGAGAGAGAAAAGGAAUGCCUUAGGUUAAAGAGUCAGUUACAUGAAGAGCUGGAGGUGUCUCAUAAGUUACAGAGUCAGAUACAGUCUCUUGAAAAUGAUCUAGCAGAAGCUCAGAAGAACCUUCAUGAAAAGGACGAUAAACUCAAGGUCACAGUGGAUAAUUAUAACAUUACAUGUGAAAAUGUGAAAAAACAAGAAGAAUCAAAUGCACUGGUGCAAAAGAAAGUGGAAGAAUUAACCAAAGCUGUGCAAAAUGAAAAGGCAGCAUUGCAAGAGAAGGAUGUAUUGGUUGCUGCAAAGCAUUCACAGCUGGAGGACUUGACUUCAAAAUUAGAGAAGCUACAGAAUGAAGAGCAGACUCUUAAAGAGACUAAUCUAAAACUCACAGAGGACAUAGAAAAAUUAAAUGGAGCAAUGGCCAAGCUCCGCGAGGAGUUCAGCCAUAUAACUAAAGAAAAUACAACACUGCAAGAAAAAUUAAACACGAGUAACAAGGAUGUUGAGAAGUUAACACUAGAAAGAGAUUCCAACGUUCUGUUUGUCUCAAAUCUAGAAAGUCAGUGUCAGUCCCUCCAGUCACAAGUGGUUCACCAUCAAUCAGUAGUAGACUCCCUAACACAAGAAGUAAGCUUGUUAAUCUCAGAAAGGGAAAAAAUAAAUUCUAAUAUGGUGUUGCUAAAUGCUAACAUAUGCAGUAAAACGGAAGAGGUCAAUGUUCUGAGUUCACAUUUAUCACAACAGGGCCAUAAUAUUGCAUCUUUGAAGGAUCAGAUUGACACAAUCCAACUUGAGAAAGAGUCUUUGCUUUGCAGUGUUAAAGAGAAGGAAGCACUUCUUUCACAGAAAGAAGAAUUAUUCCAGCAGGUUGAGAAGAAACUGGAAGGAGAAGGUUACUAUUUACAGACUAUCUCUGCUUUACAAAAUAAGCUACAGAGUUCACUCUCAGAGUGCGCUCAACAGCAGCAGAAAAUUAAAGACCAAGAGCAGGAGAUGCAGAGAUUGAUGCAGCAGAUGCAACUGUUGAAAGAUAAAAGUGAGGAAGCAGGGUUGUUAAAAACACAGCUGUCCGAACAUAUGGAGAUCAUUUCCAACCUUCAUUCUGAGAUGAAAAAUCUAAGAGACAACUUGGAUGAAUUAAAUAAUGCUUUAAUCAAAAAGGAUGAAUGUUUGAAGGAGAAGGUAGAUGCUUAUGUCAAUCUGAAAACUCAGCUUUCUGAGAUUCAGGACUCUAUAGAGGAGCAAAAGACCAAAAUUGAAGUGUUAACUCAGGAAAACACACAUUAUAAGGCGUCUGUGUCGGAAAAGGAUUUGUCAAUAAGAAAUUCUUUAAUAGAAUGUGAUGCAUUAAAACAGAAGCUAACUGAUAAAGGGGGAGAAUGCAAUAUGUUGAUUCAGCAGAUUACAGAUUUAGAGGAAGCCAAUAGAAAACAGAACAAUGCGUUAAAUGAGUUGAAGGUUUCCAUAAAAGAACAGGAAACCUCCCUUUUGGGAAAGCAAGAAUUGUUAAAUACUCAAUUAGUGGAGCAGACAAAAUUAGUGUCACAUCUCCAGAACUCAGUCAGCGAGCUUAAUAACACAAUUAAAGAUCUUCAGCAGUCCAUUGUUGACAAGGAAAAUACAGUGCAGAAUUUGCAGGAAAAAUACACUUCCCUCCAUGAUUGCAAACAAGAGCUUGCAGAAUUGCUUAUCAAAAAGGAAAAGGAAAUUUCUAAACUUCUAAGCACUGCAGACGAAAAGGAUGCUAGGUGUCAAGUUUUGGAAAGCAACGUCCAAGCCUUUACCAGUGAGGUCAGUCUUCUAAGAGAAGAGCUAGACAAAGGUAAUUCUAGUGUCAGAAGUAUUUCGGACACACUCAGAAUGAAAGAUGAAGUCAUAUCUCAGCUUCAGAAAGCAGCGGAAGUCUUGAAAGCUGAACUAGAAAAGCUGAACAGAGAAUAUCAAGAGACCCAAAUUCAGCUGCAUGCAUUAACAAAAGAAAAAGAGGAAAGCAUCUCAUUAAGCCACAACCUACAGGAAAAUUUUAAUUUACAGAGUCAGCUUAUUGAAAACUUUAAGCAUGAUGUGGAAAGUUUAAAUUCAGAGUUACUUCAAGCUCGAAAUAUGACUGUGUUUGAAAAAGAACAGUUGCAACAACAACUAGAGACUGCAAAGCAAGAAAAACUGCAUCUGGAAUCAAUCUUGCAGAUGUCUCUGUCAGAAAAAGACACCUCAUUGUCCACAUUGGAAAAGCAACUAUUUGAAAAAGCAGAAACUAUAAAUCAACUUAAAGAAAAGCUUGAGCACCAGCUGAAGGAAUCAGAAGAACGCAUUGGCUCAGACGCACGAGACCUGCAUCAGUUGAAGUCCGACAAAGCAGAUCUUCAGAAGCAGGUUAGUGGACAAGCUGAAGAAAUCCAUGCUUUGAAAGUCUGUCUAGAAACCCUAGAAUGCAAUCUUAGUGAACUGAAGCAACAAUCAGAAAUUGAGUAUCAAAGAGUAAAUGAGCAAAAUGCAGUACUUAGGGAACAGAACAGCAGCUUAGACGAUGUACUGAAAGUAAAGGCGAAUGAAGUACAAAUUAUGCUAAAAGACUUGCGUUUUGUAGAGGACCAGUUAUGUGUGUUAAGUGAUGAGAAAUUUUCAGAAUACAAUUCAUGUGACCAACAGUUGAACUACAGUGGCAAGGUAGAAAAACUUUCAUCAAUGUUGUCUAAGGCUUUGGACUACAAGUCAAAAGUGGCAGAAUUAAUGAAGUUGCUUGAGGAAAGAGACCAGGAUCUUGAUCAUAAAUCUCAAGCAAUUGUUACAUAUGAGAAAGAAAGUCACAUUUUGCAAGCUGAGUUGCAAAGAAUUAAAGAAGAAAAACUUGGCAGUGAUUAUGCUGUGGGUGAACUGGCAGCUGCUAAAGAAUCCUUAGCCCAACAGCAAAAUAUUGUAAAAGAAAAGGAGGAGGUUUUGGCACAGAUGGGCAGGCAUAUUGUAAGUUUGGAGGAAGAAAUAAGGUUGACUAAGGAAGAGCUGCAAAGAAGUCAACUGACGGUGAGUGAAGAGAAAGCUAAAGCUAUGGAACUUGUAGAAGAGGUCAGAAUGAAAAACUCAGUUGCUCAGAAUAUGAACCUGCAGCUCAGCCAACAGAAAGAGUUAAUUUCCACACUAGGUGACCAAGUUAAAGAAAAAGAUUCUUCCUUGAUGCAGGUCAUGGAGUCGAUGUCAAAUCAAAUGGUCAAAUUUUCAUCUGAGAAAAGCAUGUUGAAUUUAGAACUUCAGAAUUUGCAGUCUGAGAAAAAUUCUUGCCUCUUGCAAAUAUCUGAAUUGUCAGAGAAGCUUCAAGCUCACGAACUGAAGUUACAUCAAUCUGAACAGAUACUAGCUGAUAAAGAACUAUUCUUAAGCAAUUUAUCCAAUGAGAAGGACCUCCAAUUGGAGAAAUUUACUAAAGAAAGGGAAAACUUGAAAAGAAAGCUGCAGGCGGCUUUAGUCAUUCGGAAAGAUUUAAUGCAAAAACUUGAGAAGCUGGAGCAAAGCAAGCAAGAUGAUUUAAAUGUUGAACAGUUAAAAAUGUUGGAACUUGAGAAAACUGUUGAAGAGUUAAAUGGCAGACUAAAGACCAUUAUAAUGGAGAAGGAGGAUCUACAGUCUCACAUUGAACUUUCUAAGCAACAGAUUAUAGAGAAAGAUGCACAAACGAGUGAUCUCUACAGGGCACUCUCAGAAAAAGAAAAUCUUGUGGUAGGACUCCAAGAUGAGAUCACUGAAUUACAGCAGGGUUUCUCUGAGAAAGAUGGCAUGAUUCAGGAAUAUAUAAAAACCUUUCAGGAGAAAGAACAUAGCUUUUCUCAGACUAAAAAUGCAUUAAAAGAAAAGCUUAAGACUUUAGAGGAAGAAAAUUCUCAUCUAGUAGAAAAUCUAGAAAACCUUAAAUCCUGCCUUGAAAAGGCUCAUGGUAAAUCAGAACCUACUACCGUCUCUCACCAGGUGCCACCAAAUCCAUCACCUGCUGCUGGAGUUUCAGUCAAUCCAGAAUCAAGUUCUAUUGAAGGAUCGUUUGCACAUACAGAAAACACAAUUGUUCAUAAUAAUGUCCAUGCUUCACUUUUAUGUACCCAAGGAAAUGUGGAGAGUAAAGAAAAACAUGCUGCUCUGUUAGAAAGUCUUAGUAGGAGUGUAAAAGAGUUUGAGCUGUUACAGAAAACAUAUGCAGAGUUGCAGCUUGCUUACAAGGCAAAAUGUAUGGAGUACAAGGAACAAAGAGAACAAGCAUGUUCUCUGCAAAGCCAGGUUGAAGCCCAAGGAGCACUGGUUUUACAUAAAGAACUGGAGUUGGCUGACAAAGACAAGCAAGUAGAUCAACUAAGGCACAAAAUUGAAGAGGUUUCUCAUAAAUUAGAGAACAGUAAGGAAUAUGAGCAUUUACAUUUUAAACUAAAAGCAAGUCUCCAUGAGAAGGAUGAAGAGUUGCUGAAGAUAAGCUCUGAACAUGUGCAGUUUUUAAGUGAGAUCCAGUUACUGAAAAAUGAAAUACAAAGACUAUCCCAUGAUUUGGAAAAAAGGCAGGAGGAAACCUGCUCCUUGAAGGCUGCACUGGACUCUCAGUCGAUAAAUGUAGAAACGUUUGAAGCUAUGAAAAAUGAAAUUUGUGUGUUACAGAAAGAGAUGGAGGCAUCUAGAAAAAUGAAGGAGAGCGCUGAGCUGAACUUUCAGAAGAUAAGCAAAGAAAAGGAUAUGUGUUUUGAAGAUAGCCAGGUGCAUAAAAUGGAAAUAACCAAACUUAAGAAUGAACUUGAAGUAGGGGUCUUUUCAUUGUUAGAAAAAGAUAAAGAAAUUACUGUUUUAAAAGAUUCCCUACAAAUUAAUGUACGAACAUCUGGAGAAGAGAUAAAAAGAUUGUGCAAGCAAUUAGAGGAGCAUAAGGAGGAAGAAAAUAAAUUGCGCACCGAUUAUGAUCAAAUGAAGGAAGAGCUGGAAGAAUGCAUUUCUAAGUUAAAAAAUGUGGAAAUUUCAGUUUUUAGAACAAAACUAAUAGAUUCUAGAAAAGAGGAAGAAAUAAGUAUACAGUCAAACAGUACUCUGCUCUCAAGUAGUCCUGAUCUUAAUCAAGUGGUUCCUGAAACAAAACCUGCUUCGGAUAACCUACAAGGAACAAGAGAUUGUGUUCAGCUCACAUGCGAAGAUUGUCUAAGAAAGCAAAAAAUUAUUGAGGAAUUUGAGAAUCAGGUUAUGAAAACAAAUAAAGCCAUGGAAGAUCUUGCUCAGGAGCACAAGAGGAACAUUUCAGAAGAGUCCAGCUCCAAAGAGCACAUCCAGCGAAAGCUUCAGGCAGCAUUGGUGUCCCGCAAAGACUUACUGAAAGAAAACAAGGCACUGAAACAGACUGUUGAAUCUCUUAAUCUUGAAACAGAUGCACUUAAGCAUUCCCUUGAAGAAAUUAAAGAAAUACAUGAGUUGGAAACUACCUUACUCACUGAUAAAAACAAGGACCUCCUCUCAGAGAACGAAAGAUUUUUAGUGGAUAAUGAGAGUCUUUCUGCUGCUUGUGAAAGCCUUAAAUCUACAAUGGAGACAAUUGUCCAGGAAAAAGAAGCAUUUUCCUUUCAACUAAAUUCUCUUAAGGACUCGCAGACAGUUGAGUUGACAGAAUGGAAAGCCAAGCAUGGUGAAUUAAAUAAAGAGUACGAGUCUCUGCUGCAGGCAUAUGAAAAUGUAAGCGAUGAAAUUGAUAAAAUGAGGCAAGUCAUAGACCUAAUAAAGAAAGAAAAGCAUGACAUUUUUAUUAGGAUUCAUGACCUUCAGAAUGAAAAUCAAGUUUUGUCAACACAGAUUGACGAGAAUGAGGAAGACUUGGUCAAACUUAGAGCUAUGUUGGAAUGCAAAGAUGCAGAAAUAAAUCAACUAAAUCAAGAAGCAGAUAGUAUACCAGUUAUAGUAGAGAAGGCAUCUCGGUUUGAUGAAAUAGAUGAGAAGAAUCGGCAACUUCUAGAAGAAAAUAGACAUUUACAAGAAUCUUGUGAAAACCUGAAGUUAUGCCUUGAAAAUAAGGAAAAAGAAAACAAUAGCUUAUUUAUUAUUAAAACUGCCUUGGAUAAAUUGCAAGUGGACAUGAAAAUGUACAAGUCUGAUAUGGAGAUUAAAAUUUCAGAAAUGAGUUCUGAAAAUGAAUUGCUGUUAAAGAAGAUCACAGAGCUAAGCAAUAAGCUGGAGGAAACCGAGCAAAGCCUUGUGAAGGUUGAAACUGAAAGGGACAACCUUUUAGAAAAAGUAAGGUCUUCUGAGGAUUUGUUUAAUCAAGAGAAGGAAGCCCUCCGGAAAUUAGAAAGUGACAUAAGUAACAUGCAGCUCGAAAAAAUGAACCUGGAGGAGAAAGUAAAAAUUUUGGAGGAUGACAAGGCACUUUUGUUGGAUGAGAUUGAAAAUAUACAGGAGCAGUUCUGUACAAUGAAGAAUGAAAGAGAAAGUAUGGAGACAGAAUUACUUAAAGCUGUUAAAAACAACAGUUUGCUCUCUGAUAAAUUUAAGUCUCUCCAGGCACAAACCAAUGUACUCAGCCAGCAGGUAGAAUAUCUUAGGCGUGAGAAAAACAAUAUUAUUCGUGAGAGAGAAGAACAACAGUUACAUGUUCUUCGAGACUUGGAAGAGAAAGUAAAAUCUGCUCAGGAGGAUGAUAGAGGAACAAAAAGCAAAUCAAAAGAAUUGCAAGAACUUCUCAGGGAGAAGCAGCAAGAGAUUAAUCAACUUCAGCAAGAUUCAAUAAGAUUUCAGGAGUUAAUAUUAGAUCUUGAAGGCACUAUUAAGGAUUCUAACAGCCAAAAUGAAAUUCUUAAGAAAGAACUUGACCGUACAUCAGCUCAGUUAACUCAAGUGAGAAAUGAGGUUUUGUUCCUGAACAGAGAACUCACAGAUGAGGAAUGUUCACUGGAAAAUGCCAAUAAUCAGAUAACCAGGCGUGCAGAAUUUAGGGGGAUCAAUGGUGAAUGGACAGUUGAUGAUCCAGCUCAAAAUGUGGACAGAAACAACAUGUCAGCAGUAACUGCAGGCUCUGGCGGGAUCACACAGUCUCUGAAUAAUUUGGUUCAAGGAAGCCCUUCAAACGGAAGUAUAGAAGUAUACAGUAAUGGUGUAAAAAGAGGGGUGAAGGAGCCUAAACCAGUUUCUCAGUCUAGAGCUGAAGCCCUGCCAAAAUUAAAAUUAGAGCAGGUUUCUCACCAGCAGGUGUCAGAAAGCCCAGGAGAUGAUUUGAAGGCUUUGCAAAUUGUUCUGUCAAAUAAAGAAGAGGAAUUUCAACAACUGAAAUUAGAAUGUGAGAAAAUUAGGGCAGAUGUCCAAAAACAGGUCAUCCUGUCUGAGCAUAUGAAACAAAUUAUCAAUAAUAAAGACAAAGAGAUAUCGUUGUUAAUUUCUGCAAAAGGUGGUGAAAUAUAUACUUACUUAGAAGAAAUACAAAGCCAAUCUAGGAAGCAAGAAGGAGAUUAUGAGCAGCGUUUAUCCAAUGUCCAAGCACAGAAGGAAAAGUCAGACAUGGAAUGUCAGAAGCUAGAAAAAGAACUACAGAAUCUUCAAGUGACUUAUGAAAAAGCUGUUUGUGAUAAAGUCUUGCUGUCAAAUGAAAUUGAAGCUUUUAGAAAAUCAAUGUCUUCUCUGCAAACUGAUAGAGACCAACUGUUUUCGGAACUACAGAAUAUACAUCAGCGCAACGAGUCGGUACUGAGUCAAAAAGACAAUAUCAUCCUCUCCACCUCUGCUGAAAACAGUGCUCUGAAAGCACAACUUAGAAAUGUUUUAAAUCGGGUCGAUGACCUCAAUGCUGAGAAUGCCAUGCUGGGUGCGCAACUUAUUCGAUACAGAGAAGACCUUAACCAAGUAUUGUCUCUAAAAGACCACCAGCUAAAAGAGUUAUUGAGACAGAAACUGGAACACAUCAAGAAUUUAGAGCAAGAAAAAUGUGAUCUUGAAAAGCAAAACAGAGAGUUGCACAAUGUGUCUGUAGCACAACAAAGCUCUGCUGAGUCCUUAGAGCUGGAAAACCAGAAACUGAUCACUAAAGUCAAAGACCAGGAAGAUCUCAUUGCUACAAUCAACAAAGAGAAAAUUAUUUUUGAAACCAGUAAGAAAAAGGAUUUACAAAACUCUGCUGAUGGCCAAAUAAAGGACUUUGAGGACAAAUUUAACCACAAUAUUGUGGCCUCUGGGCAAAACACUUUUCUCAUGGGUAGUGAAAGCAGUAAGACCGCAGAAAAGACUGAAAAGACAUAUUUAGACAUUUUACUUGAAAAUAAAGAGCUUAAAUCUCAUAAUGAGUCUUUUGGUAAAGCAAUGGCUGCCUUACAGAACAAUCGAGAUUCCUUGAUAGAUGACUUUAAAGAGCUGCAGUGGCGCUAUGCGUCUGAACUAAAAUCCGAAAAGAUCCACGGUGAGGAUCUGGAAAAACUGCUUAGUGAUUUUAAGUUCCAACUUUACAGUCUGCUAAAAAGGAACGCCUUAGUUGAUGAAGCUGUGCUUGCUGCUGAAAAUCCGAUAACAAUCGAUAUGCUGGUUGCCGAAAUAGAUUCCGUUUGUAACCUUUUAGCAAGCAGGGGAUCAGAAAUCGCUAGGCUAUCUUUGGAGUGUGCGGCCUACAAGCAACAGGUUGAUGCUUUCUCCAAGGCCAUGGCAAGUCUACAACAUGAUCGAGAGAGAUUAUUACAUCAACUCAAGGAACCCACCAUAGUCCGAGAGUCCAUGCAAGGCAUCGCUUCCGUUAAUCAGCCUCCCGAAGUCAUGGAAUCGGAUUACCUUGCCACAAACAGAUCACAGCCUGAUAAACUAACUCAGGUGGCAGAGACGAUGAAGAGCUCAGCGGCCGAGUCCCUGAAACUGAGGAAAAAAGUGCAGGAGCUGGAGAGACUAUUGCAGGAAUCUAGAUCUUUACAGGAGAAAUUGGAAAAAGAAAUCACAGGCUAUCAGUCUGAGCUGCCUGAACUGAGAGCUGAGAAAAAAUUUCUGGUAGCUGAAGCACAAGCCCUUCGUCUUCAGUUUAACACCGCUCUUGCUGAUAAAGACAGGCAGGUUGCGGAGUUGCACAAACACCAGGAAAUUGCAGUAAUUGGCAGUGUGUUACAUGGAGGAAAGGGUGUGGAGAAAGUCGCAUUGGUGGGAAACUCUGCAGCUCCAGAAAAAAUGAGCUCUCAUCCUGAUAACAAAGAACCAGCGAAGCAAGAUAUGCAAAGAUAUGUCCAGGAAAUACAGCAAAGAGAUCUGAUUAUCCAUCAAAUAAAUGCCAAGGCCAUGGAAUCGAUGGAGAUGAACAAUGUGUUAUCAGCUCAGCUGAAGAGUGUGUCACAGGGAUUAAAAGAUACACAGAUGAGAUACACUGACCUGCAGAAUCAGUAUUACAAACUGCAGAGCUCACAAGUUACCAGCCGUAAUGAUGGUAUGACUGAGGUGCCGCCUGGAGCUCCCCGGGAGAGGACCAAUGUCAUUGUGGAGAUAGACAAUGCUGAGCUGGCUGACCUGAGAAGAAGGCUUGCAGAGACUGAAGUCAGUUACGACGCUGCACAACAAGAGCUCUUGCAGUUAUCGGAGAGGCUGGCUGAGGAAAGGGUACGCAGAGAGUCCACUGAAGACACCCUCCACCGCACAGAACAGAAAAUUAGAAGGCUGGAGACAAAGUCAUCUUCCAGAGAAUACGAGUUCUCUCUCCAGAUGGAGUCAGACGACGAACGGGAAGCCUUAAUUAUUGAUCCCACUCAGAAUGUUGUGGUGCGGAAAAUCAAAGGUGGAAGUCUUUCUAUACGGAGAUGGCUGCGUGGUCGAAGCAUCUAUUGCUCGAAACUUUUGACUUCCAGAUCGAAAUCUCGCUAUGUAUUCCUCACCUACCUGGUGGGAUUACACAUACUCAUCCUUAUGUGCCUAGCUGGAGUUCUAUAGCAAGGGACAUCCCAUACAAGCACCAGACUCCAUCUUCCCAUGCUCUCAUAACUUCCUUAUGUUAAUGGGACUUGUAUGUAAAAGACUGUAUUAAUGAUUGGUUCACGUCUCCGGCUAAACUGUGCAGCACACUGUGUGUUUACAAUGGGCGUCCGGAACAGAAGAGAAGCACAGAAAGACACUGAGAAAUAACACUACUGAUCUGGUUGUAGUGAGUGGAGGAGCACAGGAGGAGGACAAUGGUGGAUAACGGAUUCAUUCAUUACUUCUGUCAUGUUAGGUCUACUAAAAGAGUCAGUCCACCCAAAAACUCUUUGUUAUAAGAUGUGGGCAAGCUAAAGCAGAAUGCCAACACAUACAUAAACACCUUUAAAUAAAGUAUUAGAUUAUUUAUUAUA